UGCUUAUGUUAUCAGCAAAGCUUCCAGUCAACAGUAAGUUAUUAAUAGUCAAAAGUUAUAAGUGGAUCUUCAGCUGCUUGGCGGGGGGUCCCCUAACUCCGUGUUGUUCAAAGGUCAGCUCUUACCUCUAGCAAAACAAACAAAACAACACAAAGCAAAAACUGUGAGUUUUGAUAUCCUUAAUUACAUUGUUCAGGGUCUCUGCAAGCUCAGAGCCAUGAAAAUGCGUUUCUUGUAACUGGACAGCUUCUUGUUUUCCUCCUUGGUGGCCUGAAAGCUCAGAGUUCAGUUUUAUGAACAGUUGUUAUAAAUUCCUGUACCCAGCCACAAUGUUUUGAGGCACACCACCUCCCCAACCUGUUAAUUUCUGAUUUCUGCCUUUGGUCUGACAUCAGCUUGUUGUGUAUUUCAGAGGCUUGCCGCAUUGCUGAGGCUGAAGUUAAUUUAGUCCAUGGGGCCAGAAUUCAUCCAGUGGGAAGUGAGCUCUGUGGCCAAAUGAGGGAGAUUUAUUGACGGUCUUUAACAGGUUUAUCCAAGCCUGUCUACAUUCCCACCAAUAAAGGUUUUCUCCCCAUUUUACAGCAGGUCAGGGCCAGGGCAGCAGCGGCAUUGAAAUCAGCAGGCACAGGGCGGGAAAACACAUAUUCUUUAGCUGUGUCUGGACAGAGGGAUGCAGAUAGAGCCUCCCCCUCCAUUUCUGGCCAGAAGAUCCCUCUGAAGAGGCCGCCCAGUGUAAGCCAGUGCCAAAGCACCGAGGGGGGUCCACAAGGCUAUCAACCUGCAGGUGAAGUUUGAGAUGUUGUGGUGCUUCGAAGCCGGAGAGAAGCUUAGCAGAAUUGGGAAGGUGUUGGGGCUGUCCACCUCCACUGUGGCUACCAUUUGUGACAACAAGGAGAAGAUCCGAGCGAGUUCCCAGGCGGCCACCAGAUUGAUGCGCAGCCGCAGCCUGGUGAUGGAGAACAUGGAGCGGCUGCUAAGCGUGUGGAUCGAGGACCAGAACCAGCGCAAUGUGCCCAUCAGUGUCUUCCUCAUCCAGGAGAAGGCUCGCAGCCUGUUUGAGGACCUCAAGCGGGAGCAGGGUGAGGGUGCCCAAUCGGAGACCUUCGGGGCUAGCUGAGGGUGGUUCACGCGGUUCAAGGCCCGACAUAGCCUGCCUGGUCUUGGGGUGGGUGUCGAGCUAUGGGCACAACUGCGGCAGCCAUGCGCUGGUACCCCGCCCUUCUGCGGAGAGUGAUCCAGGAGGGCGGCUACACACCCCGGCUGGUGUUCAACAUGGGUGGGACUGGACGUUUCUGGAAGCGACUGCCUGCCAGGAUGCUCCUUUCCCUGGAGGAGAAGUCAGCCCUGGGGUGCAGAGCUGCCCGAGAUCUCCUGACCUGCGGCUUGGUGGCAGUGCAGCUGGAGACCUCAAGCUGAAGCUGCUGCUGCUGUAUCCCUCAGAGAACCUGCGUGCUCUCAAGGGCUGCUCCAGGCCCAACCUGCCCAUGGUGUGGCGUUCACACAAGAAAGCCUGGGUGACCAUGAGCAUCCUCCAGGAGUGGUCUGUGCACUUCUGCCCAGCUGUGGAGAGGGACUGUGCCCGGUACGGCCUCCCGUACAAAGCCCUGCUCAUCCUGGACAGUGCCCCUGGCCACCCUGGGAACCUGGAUGACCUAUCGGACCACGUGCGUGUGCUGUACCUGCCCAAGAAAACCAUGGCCCUCGUCCAGCCCAUGAACCAGGACAUUGUUGCCACGUUCAAGGCCUGCUACCCACGGACGGUCUUCCGCCUGUUGGCGUUGAGGGUGGGAGACAGGGACCAGCGGUUGGUGGUCCUUGACUUCUGGCGAGACUACAGCAUUCUUGACACCGCCUACAACAUCUCUGAGUCCUGGGAGGAGGUCCCGCCAGCUACCCUAAAUGGGGGGUGGAGGAAGCUGUGGCUCGAGGGCAUCCAGCAGGAUGCCAACAGGCUGCACGUAGCAACUCUACCGCAGAUCCUGCAGGACAUCCUGGCAUUGGCCCGUGGUGUGGGUUUUAGAGAGGUGACCGAGGCAGAUGUGGUGGAGCUUCUGCAGAGCCCCGGGCGGGCCUCUCCAUUGAGGAGCUGAUGGGACUGGAGCAGGGGCAUGCAGCUGGAGAGGAGGGAGAGGACGGCUUGCCCAGCUCACCUCCAGACACUGGGCCAUGGCUUUAGCAUACUGUGAUGCUGGUCUGCAGAUCUUCAGUGACAAUGACCCCAACCUGGAGCGCAGCCUCUGAGUCUGCCGGGGCAUAAACAACAUAGUCACCUGCUAUCGGGAGGUUUUCAAGGAGAAGAGAGGCUCCAAGUAGUGGUGGUGGUGCUGGUGGCGGGGGCUUGGGAGCUCCAGGCACACAGGACUCCGUCGGGGAGAGGGCUUCCUCAUGACUCCCUUUGUUCAUGUUGAAGUUGCAAUGGCCUGAAUUUUUCCAUUUCAUUAUAUUAAUUCCCCAAAUGAUUUUUAUCAGCAAAUAAUUUAUUAUCCCAAGUGAACUUCUCAA